CUACAUAACAAAGAUAAACAAGGCAAUCCUAUUCCUAUCCGCGCCGAGAUGAUGAGCAUCAGUAUCAUGGCUCUCCCACUCGUCAUCUCCGUUUUCAAACCCCUCACCACCACCACCACCCGCCUCCACUCCACACUCUUACGCCGCCGCCGUUUCACUACUUCUACUCUCACUGCAUCCGCCACAACCACUCCUCAACAACCUUCAACUUCUCUCUCUCAACACUCUUCAUCAUCAUCUUCCACUUCUACGCUCCCCAAUCACAACCUCUCUUCCCUCACUUUCCAGCAAGCAAUUCAGCGCCUUCAGGAAUAUUGGGCUUCUGUUGGAUGUUCCAUAAUGCAAUGCAGCAACACUGAGGUUGGAGCUGGGACUAUGAAUCCUCUUACGUAUUUAAGAGUUCUCGGUCCAGAACCAUGGAAUGUUGCGUAUGUGGAACCUAGCGUCCGCCCUGAUGAUAGUCGAUAUGGAGAAAACCCAAAUAGGCUCCAAAAACACACUCAAUUUCAGGUAAUAUUGAAGCCUGAUCCUGGAAAUUCACAGGACCUUUUUAUCCGCAGCCUUUCAGCUUUAGGUAUUGAUGUUACUGCCCAUGAUAUACGAUUUGUUGAGGACAACUGGGAGAGCCCGGUUCUUGGUGCCUGGGGUUUGGGAUGGGAAAUCUGGAUGGAUGGAAUGGAGAUUACUCAGUUCACCUACUUUCAGCAGGCUGGAAGUCUCCCGUUAUCACCAGUAUCAGUAGAAAUAACUUAUGGCCUGGAGCGUAUCCUUAUGUUACUGCAGGGAGUUGAUCACUUCAAAAAGAUCAAAUAUUCUGAUGGAAUUACUUAUGGGGAGCUAUUCUUGGAGAAUGAAAAGGAAAUGAGUGCAUAUUAUUUGGAGCAUGCCAGCGUUGAUCAUCUUCAAAAACAUUUUGAUUUUUUUGAGGAGGAAUCUCGUCGUUUACUUUCUUCAGGCCUUGCAAUCCCUGCGUAUGAUCAGCUUCUGAAAACGUCUCAUACGUUUAAUAUUUUAGACUCCAGAGGCUUUGUUGGAGUAACAGAGCGUGCUCGUUAUUUUGGUCGCAUGCGUAGUUUAGCUCGCCAGUGUGCCCAACUUUGGUUGAAGACCAGGGAGACGCUUGGCUACCCCCUUGGUUUCAUCUCCGAACCUGAUCAUUCUGUAACGCCAAAGGAUCUUUUGGAGGCCGCAUGUGAAAAGGUGCAUGAUCACGCAAGAGUAUUUGUUCUUGAAAUUGGAACUGAAGAAAUGCCACCUCAUGAUGUUGUUGAUGCAAGCAAGCAACUGAAAGAUUUACUGGUCCAAUUACUGGAUCGACAGAGGUUAAAGCAUGGUGAAGUGCAGGUUUUUGGCACUGCACGGAGACUAGUGGUUUCUGUUGAAAAUCUUUUCACGAAACAAACAGAGCAGGAAGUUGAGGUUCGAGGUCCUCCUGUUUCAAAAGCAUUUGACCAGGAAGGAAAUCCAACAAAGGCUGCUGAGGGUUUUUCCCGUAAAUAUGCUGUUCCACUGGACUUGGUAUACAGAAAGGUUGAUGGGAAAACCGAAUAUGUAUAUGCUCGAAUAAAAGAGUCUUCAAGACAUGCUGUGGAGGUUUUAUCUGAAGAUUUGCCUGCUACUAUUGCAAAAAUUUCAUUUCCAAAGACAAUGCGUUGGAAUUCACAGGUGAUGUUUAGCAGGCCUAUCCGUUGGAUUUUGGCCUUGCAUGGAAAUGUUGUGGUCCCAUUUAUGUUUGCUGGGGUAAUGAGUGGAAACUUGUCGUGUGGUCUUCGUAAUACUGCAUCAGCUGUUGUCCAGAUAGAAAAUGCAGAAUCAUAUUCAGUUGCAAUGGAAAAUGUGGGGGUCAAUGUUGUAGUUGAGGACCGUAAGAAAAAAAUUGUAGAGCAAUCUAAUACAUUAGCAGAGAGCGUAAAUGGCCAAAUUCUGAUUCCGAAAGGUUUGCUUGACGAGGUUGUAAAUCUUGUGGAGGCACCUGUUCCAGUGCUUGGAAAGUUUAAAGAAACCUUCUUAGAUCUUCCAAAGGAUCUUUUGACUAUGGUUAUGCAAAAACACCAGAAAUAUUUUGCUGUAUGCGAUACUAAUGGACAACUGCUGCCUUACUUUAUUGCUGUUGCAAAUGGAGCAAUUGAUGAGACUACAGUGAGGAAAGGAAAUGAAGCAGUGCUCAGGGCUCGCUAUGAAGAUGCUAAAUUUUUUUAUGAGAUGGACACUCGUAAAAGGUUUUCAGAAUUCCGAGAACAACUGAAAAAUAUUCUCUUUCAUGAGAAACUUGGAACCAUGCUAGAUAAAAUGACUCGUGUUGAAAACACGGUUACUAAGCUAAGUUGCAUUAUGGAUAUCAAUGAAGAUCUGCAACAAAUUAUCCGGGAAGCUGCCUCACUUGCCAUGUCUGACCUUGCCACAUCAGUUGUCACUGAGUUUACCGCACUUUCAGGAGUAAUGGGGCGUCACUAUGCCCUUCGAGAUGGAUACUCAGAGCAGACUGCAGAGGCCUUGUUUGAGAUCACACUUCCUAGAUUUUCUGGGGACACACUUCCUAAUAGCGAUGCUGGCAUAGUUUUGGCAAUUGCUGAUAGAUUAGAUAGCCUGGUAGGUUUAUUCACUGCUGGCUGUCAACCUAGUUCCACAAACGAUCCAUUUGGCCUGCGAAGAAUCUCAUAUGGUCUUGUGCAAUUGUUGGUAGAAAAGAAUAAAAACCUAGAUUUUAAAGAGGCUCUGGAACUUGCCGCAGAUGUCCAGCCAAUUAAAGUAAAUCCUCAAGUAAUAGACGACGUACGUCAAUUUGUCACUCGAAGAUUAGAGCAAUUUUUGGUGGACAAGGGAGUGAGUGCGGAAAUUGUUCGUUCCGUCCUUGCAGAGAGGGCUAACUUUCCCUCUCUAGCAGCAAAAUCAGCAUACAAAAUGGAAGAAUUAUCAAAAGGCGAGCUUUUUCCUAAAGUAGUUGAAGCAUACUCUCGGCCAACUCGAAUUGUUCGUGGAAAGGAAAAUGAGCUUCAAUCAGAGGUGGAUGAGGCUGCCUUCGAGACAAAUGAAGAAAGAGUAUUGUGGAACACAUUUUUGUCGGUUAAAAAGAGUAUCAAUCCAGGUCUUGACAUCGAUGAUUUUGUUGAAAUUUCAUCCCAGCUUGUACAACCACUUGAUGAUUUCUUUAAUAAUGUCUUUGUAAUGGUGGAUGAUGCCAAGAUCAGAAAAAACAGACUAGCUCUGCUAAAAGGAAUUGCUGAACUCCCUAAAGGAAUUGCAGACCUUACAUUGUUGCCAGGAUUUUAAGGAUUGGCAAACAUGUAGAUUAUUUAUUUCCCAUCAAAUAAACCUCUAAGCUAUUUGUUCCAAUUUCCUCCCUUUUAGUU